GGUAGAUACAGAUCGAGUUCUUUUGGUUUCAAUGGUUGAUGGUUGUAUCGCCCAUGGUAUCGAGCGAACCGGUGACCAGCGAGUCGUCGCCGCCAAACGUGUUGCCGCCAAACGUGUUGCCGCCAAACGUGUUGUCGCCAAACGUGUCGCCGCCCAGCGUGUCGCCGACGGAAUACACAUCUUGGAAGGUUGACGAGGCUGGAUUGCUGUCGCUGGCAUCGAGGUAGGUCGCGGUGAGUGCCCCCGCGCCCGAGCCACGGAGCUUCUCGGCCUUGAGCUGGGUCAUGAUCUCGAGGUACGCCAGCUUUUGCUGGAGCUUGUGCGCGCGCGAGUCAAACGACUCGUUGGCAUGGAAGACCGGAAGGAGCGACGAGGUCGACGCUGCUCGGCUUUGGGUCGAGUCUCGGAGCGAGACCGAGUCCUCCGUCGCCUCCAGCGAGUGCUCUUGCUCGGACAGAGCCCGGUGACGCGCUUCAAGCUCAAGGACUUGAUCACGCAGAUCGGCGAGGUACGCCACUUGCUGCGGCGUGAGUUUGGCCGGUGUCGCCGCCCGCGCCUCAAAGUCGGCCCCUGCAGGCCCAUGCUCCAGCUCAAACACUUCAGAAGAUUCCUCACUCGCAAGCGAGUGAGCUGGCACAGAUUCCGCCUUGGGCUUGGGCUCGGGCUCAAGCUGGACCCACCCGAGCGAGUCCAUCACGCCGGAUGCGUUCGGCUCGUCGCUGCUGCUUGACGAGAGCGUUGGG